AUGUUAGGAGGAGGAUUUUCAAUUAAUCAAGGAAAUAUUCCAAAAGUUACAAUUAAAAAUGAGGUUGAAUCUUAUACAUAUUCAAAAGAUGCAGGUUUUACAAGUGGUAAAUCACAAGAUGUAGAUUUUACUGGAGGAACAAGUGGUCCAUCAAAAAUCAAUGAUCAUUCAAAUAAUAUUCAAAAUCCAGUUGAAUCUUAUACAUACUCAAAAGAUGCUGGUUUCACAAGUAGUCAAUCAUCAGCACAAUCAAAUCCAACCUCAACAACUGGUCAAGGUAAUAAUGCAAAUGGUCAAACUAAGAAUCCAGUAGAAUCAUACACAUAUUCAAAAGAUGCUGGCUUCACAAGUGGUCAAUCAUCAGCACAAUCAAACCCAACAUCAACAACUGGUGAAGGUAAUAAUUCAAAUGUUAAAACAAAGAAUCCAGUAGAAUCAUACACAUAUUCCAAAGAUGCUGGUUUCACCAGUGGUCAAUCAUCAGCACAAUCAAACCCAACCUCAACAACUGGUCAAGGUAAUAAUUCAAAUGUUCAAACAAAGAAUCCUGUAGAAUCAUACACAUACUCAAAAGAUGCUGGUUUCACUAGUGGUCAAUCAACACCAUCUAAUCCAACUUCAACUGGUCAUGGUAAUGGAAUUACAAUUUAUCAUUAA